GCCUGGGGUCCUUCCGCCGGGAAGACGGAACCGGAGAUGGGGUGCCCAGGGGUAGGCGCUGGCGCGCGCAGGCGCGGCAGAUCGCGGGAAGCGGAGCCCGUUCCCGGGCCCAGCCAGAGCCUGGAGGGCUUCCUGGAGGAGGAAGCGUUUCCCCGAACUUUUUUCCUGUCCCGCGGCCGGCACUCACGGGGAAUUACGUGGGCACUUUUUGAGAGGGGUUAUUUGAACCCCGGGCUCAUUUUGUAGCCUAGGCUGCCUCAGCUUUGCCAAGUGACGGGAUCAUAUGCGUGUGCCAGCCUGCUGAGGGAUGCCCAAGAAGUUCCAGGGCGAGAACAGCAAGUCGGCAGCUGCCCGAGCACGGAGGGCUGAAGCCAAGGCGGCAGCUGAUGCCAAGAAACAGAAGGAGCUGGAAGAUGCUUACUGGAAGGAUGAGGACAAACACGUGAUGCGGAAGGAGCAGCGUAAGGAGGAGAAGGAGAAGCGACGUCUGGAACAGCUGGAACGCAAGAAGGAGACACAGCGCCUGCUGGAGGAGGAGGACUCCCGGCUCAAGGGUGGCAAGGCCCCUCGUGUGGCAUCCACGAAGGUCACCCGCGCGCAGAUCGAGGACUCGCUGCGCCGAGAGCAGCGGGCUGAGCCAGUGGAGAAGGUCAAGAGCCACCUGGAGCUGCCCCUGGAGGAGAAUUUGAACAGGCGUGCGCAGGAGGAGGGCAACUUGGAGGCACGCACUGUAGAGGACGCCAUAGCAGUGCUCAGUGUGGCAGAGGAUGCAGACCGGCACCCUGAGCGCCGUAUGCGUGCGGCCUUCACCGCAUUCGAGGAGGUACAGCUGCCGCGACUGAAGCAGGAGAACCCCAACAUGCGGCUGUCGCAGCUGAAGCAGCUGCUGAAGAAGGAGUGGUUGCGCUCACCAGACAACCCUAUGAACCAACGUGCGCUGCCUUUCAAUACACCCAAGUGACAGAACCAGGCCUGAGUCCAGCUUGUCCAGGUCCAGUUCACCCAAGUCCAGGCGUCCCCCUCCAGCCAGGUCUACCUGGGAAUCCAGAGAGUUCCGAGCCAGUGAGUUACCCUCAACAAUCCAGAGGGUCCCUGCUCUGAGCAACACCCAGCCCCUGUGAGCCCUAUGGAGGCCGGCUGAGCACCUGCCCAAUAAAGGCUGUGGCGAGGCUG